CAGAUAAAUGCAGUCGCCUUCCUCGAGAGCGAGCGAGGGCGGGCGAGGCGGACGCAGACGCCGCCUGUGACAGUGGCAAUCCCCUGCGCCCCACAUCACAUUUGUCUGCCACAGCAGCAACAACAGAGAGGAGCGGAGGGAGGGAGCGAGGCGGGAGGAGGGGGAGCUGAGCUCGGCGCGCGCCGGGCUCCGCGUCGCAGCCUGCGUCUGCCUGGCGUCCGCCACCCCAGGCUCCUCGCCCCGCGGCUCGCUGUGCGAGGCGACUGCCGGCGAUCCGCAAGACUAGGCGGGCGGUCUCUGGGCGAGCGCGUGUGGGCGAGUGGCCGCGGACAUUCUGGCACCGCGAGGGAAGCGGCGCCGCGCCCUGGUCCUCUGGCCCCGCCGGCCGGCACCGACCGGAGGAAGUUUUAUUUGCAGCUGGGAGCCCGCGGCGGAUGGUGGGACUCUCCAGCCCUGUGCAGUAAAAGAUUGAUCUGUGGGCUGGUGAAGUUAUCUGGGUCCCAGUCCGAGCAGCAGAGGAAAUUAGCACAGCGCUUGCUGGAGAAUGAUAUCUGUCAAAAGAAACACUUGGAGAACACUGAGUGUAGUGAUAGAUGACUGCCGGAAAAAGGCGAACUUUGAAUAUUGUCAAGAUCGUACCGAGAAGCACUCCACAAUGCCAGACUCACCUGUGGAUGUGAAGACGCAGUCUAGACUGACUCCCCCAGCAAUGCCGCCUCCUCCAACCACUCAAGGAGCUCCGAGAACCAGCUCAUUUACGCCAACCACAUUAACGAAUGGUACCAGCCAUUCACCCACGGCCUUGAAUGGCGCUCCCUCACCGCCUAAUGGCUUUAGCAACGGGCCUUCCUCUUCCUCUUCCUCUUCUCUGGCGAAUCAGCAGCUGCCCCCAGCCUGUGGUGCCAGGCAACUCAGCAAGCUGAAACGAUUUCUUACUACCCUGCAGCAGUUUGGCAAUGACAUUUCACCAGAGAUUGGAGAAAGAGUUCGCACCCUUGUACUGGGACUGGUGAACUCUACUUUGACAAUUGAAGAAUUUCAUUCCAAACUGCAAGAAGCUACUAACUUCCCACUGAGACCUUUUGUCAUCCCGUUUUUGAAGGCCAACCUGCCCCUGCUCCAGCGUGAACUCCUCCACUGCGCAAGGCUAGCCAAACAGAACCCUGCCCAGUACCUCGCUCAGCACGAACAGCUGCUUCUGGAUGCCAGCACCACCUCCCCUGUCGACUCCUCAGAGCUGCUUCUCGAUGUGAACGAAAACGGGAAGAGGCGAACUCCAGACAGAACCAAAGAAAAUGGCUUUGACAGAGAGCCUUUGCACUCAGAACAUCCAAGCAAGCGACCAUGCACUAUUAGCCCAGGCCAGCGGUACAGUCCAAAUAAUGGCUUAUCCUACCAGCCAAAUGGCCUGCCUCACCCCACCCCACCUCCACCUCAGCAUUACCGAUUGGAUGAUAUGGCCAUUGCCCACCACUACAGGGACUCCUAUCGACACCCCAGCCACAGGGACCUCAGGGACAGAAAUAGACCUAUGGGGUUACAUGGCACACGUCAAGAAGAAAUGAUUGACCACAGACUAACAGAUAGAGAAUGGGCAGAAGAGUGGAAACAUCUCGAUCAUCUGUUAAACUGCAUAAUGGACAUGGUAGAGAAGACAAGGCGAUCCCUCACUGUACUAAGACGAUGUCAAGAAGCAGACCGGGAAGAACUGAACUACUGGAUCCGGCGGUACAGUGAUGCUGAGGACUUGAAAAAGGGUAGCGGCAGUAGCAGCAGCCACUCCAGGCAGCAGAGUCCUGUCAAUCCAGACCCAGUCGCAUUAGAUGCACAUCGGGAAUUCCUUCACAGGCCUGCGUCUGGAUACGUGCCAGAGGAGAUCUGGAAGAAAGCUGAGGAGGCUGUGAAUGAGGUGAAGCGACAGGCAAUGACGGAGCUGCAGAAAGCCGUGUCUGAGGCAGAGAGGAAAGCCCAUGACAUGAUCACCACAGAGCGAGCCAAGAUGGAACGCACGGUGGCUGAAGCGAAGAGGCAGGCAGCAGAGGACGCUCUAGCAGUCAUCAACCAGCAGGAAGACUCCAGUGAGAGUUGCUGGAACUGUGGCCGGAAAGCAAGUGAGACCUGCAGCGGCUGUAACACGGCCCGAUACUGUGGCUCUUUUUGCCAGCAUAAAGACUGGGAGAAGCAUCACCACAUCUGUGGACAGACCCUGCAGGCCCCACAGCAGGGAGACACGCCCGCUGUCAGCUCUUCAGUCACACCCAGCAGUGGGGCUGGGAGCCCAAUGGACACACCACCAGCAGCCACUCCGAGGUCUACCACCCCGGGAACCCCCUCCACCAUAGAGACGACGCCUCGCUAGACCUAAACUCAGACUGUCAGAGAAAAGACACCACAACCACCAUGAAAGCAAUUCCUCAUCCUCAGAUGCUCAAAGUCCCUUUUCUGUUUGUUUGUUUAUAGAUGAACUAUCUAUCUUAUUUCCGUACUUCGGCAAGAAAGAACCUAACUGUAUCUUUGAGGCGAUAGUAGAACACAGAGGCCAGUAACGGGUCGUAAUGACAACAAAGAUAUCUUUUCUUUAGAGAACUGAAAAGAGAGGAAAGAAUAUAACGUGAAAUGCUAGAUUUGACCUCUUCCCCGUUAUUUCCAAGUAGCUGGGAUUUUAAACUAGAUGACCUCAUUAACCAAUGCUUUACCAAACAGCAAACCAAGAGAUUGCUAAUUGCUGUUGAAAGCAAAAAUGCUAAUAUUAAAAGUCACAGUGUUCUUUAUAUACAAUAAUGGAAAGAAAAAAAAAAAAAAAGAGGCAAUUCCUCAAGGGCAUGAGCGUUGGAUACAGCAGUAGACAUUUUAACAAGAAGAUGAAUGGCGUCUGUGGGUUGCUAACUGAACUUUGAAGACCCGCUGCAAAACGCGCAGAUGUGCAGCAGAUUGGAAGGAGACACACAUGUUCCUUUUUUUUCCUGUUUCUGAAAAAGAAAUAAUAAUAUCCAGGUCAACAGAAUGAAAAAUGAAAGAUGAUUUCCAGUGCGGUGUAUGACUACAGCAGCAAGAAAAAAAAAUUGCCAUAAUACAAAGGCUCCUUUAUAUAUAUAUAGUCAGUCUCACACACACA